GCGCGCGGCGCGGGCGGCCGCCCCACUGCGGAACGCCACGGGGACGAGAGGGCGGGCUGCAGCGGGCGCCCCGGGCCGGAAGCGCGCGGGUCGCGCAGGGGCUGCCGCGGACAUGUGCAAGAUGUCCUUCAAGAAGGAAACUCCACUUGCCAAUGCCGCAUUCUGGGCAGCAAGGAGAGGAAACCUGGCUCUGCUCAGGCUGUUGCUGAACAGCGGUCGGGUGGAUGUGGACUGCAGGGACAGUCAUGGCACCACGCUCCUCAUGGUGGCCUCCUAUGCCGGCCACAUAGACUGUGUGAGGGAACUGGUUCUGCAAGGAGCAGACAUCAAUCUCCAGAGAGAGUCAGGUACAACUGCCCUGUUCUUUGCUGCCCAGCAAGGACAUAAUGACGUCGUGAGAUUUCUCUUUGAAUUUGGAGCAUCCACUGAAUUUAGGACCAAAGAUGGGGGCACUGCCCUGCUGGCUGCCAGUCAGUAUGGGCACAUGAAAGUGGUUGAGACCCUGCUGAAGCAUGGAGCCAAUAUCCACGACCAACUCUAUGAUGGAGCCACGGCCCUCUUCUUAGCUGCCCAGGGUGGGUACUUGGACGUCAUUCGAUUACUGUUGUCUUCAGGAGCAAAAGUCAACCAGCCGAGGCAGGACGGGACGGCGCCACUGUGGAUCGCAUCGCAGAUGGGCCACAGCGAGGUGGUGAGGGUGAUGCUGCUGCGCGGAGCUGACCGGGACGCCGCCCGCAACGAUGGUACGACAGCAUUGCUAAAAGCAGCCAACAAAGGGUAUAACGAUGUUAUAAAGGAGUUGCUAAAAUUCUCACCCACCCUUGGCAUUCUGAAGAAUGGGACGUCGGCCCUCCACGCGGCGGUGCUCAGUGGGAAUAUUAAAACAGUCGCACUGCUUCUGGAAGCCGGGGCAGACCCAGCCCUGAGAAACAAGGCCAAUGAGCUUCCGGCAGAACUAACCAAAAACGAACGUAUCCUGCAUCUCCUCCGAAGUAAAGGACACGGGAAGAGCUAACUUAGUUCCAUAUUUCACUGAAAGAUAGAAACCCUAAUCACAUCGUUCAAAAAGAAGUUGCUUUUCAAAUAGUGUUGGAAAUGCCAACCCCCUGGUCCCUGACCGAGGAGAGCUAGGCUCUGUGCCCUGAGCCAAGGACAGAAAGGCUCAGGGACCCCUUGCCGUCACUUACGUGGGCUUCUCACGCUGGCCUGCGACCCCACUCCUGUGGGGCCUGGUAGAUUUGUGGAUUCCAGAGAAACUCAGUCUAUACGGCACUAAGUUGGGUCUCUCGGUUAAACUCUAAGACUUAAACCCUUGAAGACGUUUAAGCAAGAUGAUAAAGCCUUUAAAAUACUGGAAGUCUGACCUUCAGUGAAUCAAAGCACUUUCGUUUUUGCAUUAAAUGUCAGUGUGCUAAAAGUUACAGCUCCCUCAUGUUUUACACAUACAGGUAUGUCAUUCCAAUGUAAAAUGUUUUCUGCUACCCAAAGGUUGUAGCCAUGUGUAUUCUGAAUCAGUGAAGUGCAUAUUUAUAUUAAAAAGCCACUUCUGACAUUCCACCCUGUGAUUUUCAAAGAUGGGCUGUUGAACUAUAAAAAAGACAGAUUGGUUAUUUGUGAGUUGAUCUUCAUCUUAUUCCAAAUCUGUAAAAAAUCAUUUUUGCCUAGAAUCGAUAUUGUAGGUACAGUGGGAUGCAAGUGGCAAUUUUGGAAACUCAGAAAUUUACAAGCCAUGAGAAACUGAGGCUUGUCUCUUUGAGCUUUUAUCUUGAUUCUAUUGUUGGGAAUCCGCUUUCCCUGCCAUAACUGAGUAGACUUAAUAGGCUGUGCAGUCCUGAACUUCCAGCACCACAUUGCUUGACAUAAUGACUUUGGGGUCCUUCGGUACAAUGUGAUAUAUGCAAGUGCAAUAUGUUGCUGUUAUAUUGCAGGAGUAUAAGUAAUAAAAGACUGUUAUUAGUAUUAAUAGGUGUUCAUCUAUGCAUGUUCUUGAGCUGAUUGAUUCCAAGAAAGAGACCUGAGUUUUACUGAAUUAUUCCUUGGAGAGGAAUCAAAAUUUAUGUUCAAUGCACUUUAUAAUCAAUGGUGUCUAAAUGCCCCAGUCAGUGCCUAAUUGCACACGCAAAAAUUAAACCGUCUUUCCAUAAUAAAUCGUCGUUACCAUAAUAAACAUUGAUGGUAUUUCUGUUAUUUAAAUACAUCUUUAGUUUUCAUUUUCUGCUUUGGUUUCCAUGUGAAGAUGGAAGGAAAUGUAAUCCCCAAAGUUUUUUUUUUAACCAACUUGCAGUGGUACUAAAAGCAUUGUCUGUAAGCCAGUAAAUGACCAAAUAUAAUUUUGGAAAUUAGAAGAUAUUCUCUUCAGGUUUGUUAUGAUCGAUAAAAUAACCAAUCAACAGAAAUCAACUUAUUUUAAUCAAUAUCACAAACAAAGGCAGUAAUGAGCAACCCACAGGGUCCCCAGGGAUGCCUGGAGCCUGACUAGCUAUACAAGUCAGCAAUCUAAUUUCAGGAUAAAAAUUUAGAAAGAUCUGUCGGUAUUGCUAAAACACCCAGACAUAAACUCUUUAGUAACUAUAAAGCAGUGCCAAUUUCCUCCCUGACUUUCUUUUACUUAGCAAAGUAGCACAGAUAAACACUUUCCUCCAUGGGAAUUUCAUAAAGCUAUGUUUAUUUUGAAGAGGAAAAUAGUGCAGCCUUAAAUCUUUAUAUUUUUCCCCUUUUGCUAGCCCUUAGGCCAAAACUGGUUGCUGAUCACUGAUAUAAAUCGAAACAGUAUUGUACAGAUAACAAAGUUCCAGGAGACAAAAUGGGGUGAAAUCACAAAUGUCAUGUUUUCACUAAGAUAUAUUGUUGUCCUUGGCCUAUUUGUUAGAUUGUUUUAAGUGGAUGUUCUUGAUCAAUAUUAGAGCAGUAAGAAUGAGUCCAGUAGCUUUAGCAAUAUUUAAUGGAGGGCUUUGUACUAUAGGUAAGAGGUCUCUAGCUUAGAAGGAUCAGGUUUGGUCUGGAUGAGAUUAUGACAUUACCGAUAACAGGGAAGAUGAUUGUAUUAAUCAUGUACCAAAAACUAAACAGGGGCACCUGGGUGGCUCAGCUGGUUGGGCAUCUGA